GGCUCUUUUGUUCGACGGAGGCAGACGGAGCGCGCCAGGCCCGCGGCGCCGGCCCCUGCCCGCCCGUAGGCCGCUUCCCUUCGGUAACCGUUGGCGGGGCUGUGCAAGCAGCGUCGCCCGUAAGCUGAAAAACUGGCCAGCACAAUGGGAAAAAAACAGAACAAGAAGAAAGUAGAAGAGGUCUUAGAGGAAGAAGAGGAGGAGUAUGUGGUGGAAAAGGUCCUGGAUCGACGGGUGGUGAAGGGCAAAGUGGAAUAUCUGCUGAAAUGGAAAGGCUUCUCCGAUGAAGAUAACACGUGGGAGCCAGAGGAGAACCUCGACUGCCCAGACCUCAUUGCAGAGUUCCUUCAGUCCCAGAAAACUGCACACGAGAGUGAGAAGUCUGAGGGGAGCAAACGCAAAGCAGAGUCUGACACAGAGGACAAAGGGGAGGAGAGCAAACCAAAGAAGAAGAAGGAGGAGUCGGAGAAACCACGAGGCUUUGCCCGGGGCUUUGAGCCGGAGCGGAUCAUCGGUGCCACAGAUUCCAGCGGGGAGCUCAUGUUCCUGAUGAAGUGGAAGAACUCUGACGAGGCCGACCUGGUCCCCGCCAAGGAAGCCAACAUCAAGUGCCCCCAGGUGGUCAUCUCGUUCUAUGAGGAGAGGUUGACAUGGCAUUCCUACCCCUCAGAGGACGAUGACAAGAAAGAGGACAAGAACUAAACCCUGGCACCCGCCCUGGCCAGCCUUUGUAUAAAGAUCUGAACUGUGGGUUUGAGCGAGAGGGGGGAAAACGCAGCUCUGCUCAGUCGGGAGCGUAGAGAUGGCUGGAGAAGAUGCCCUUUGAAGAGACCAGUAUGGUUUCUGUGCCCUGCAGCUGCUCCGCUGCUUUAUGCAGCUUCAUGCUGUGUACAGAUUCAAACCAGCCCGGCUCACUUUGGGGG